AUGACCAAUGCGUGCUUACGCCGCGCCGGCGGCGAAAUCGCGGACGACAUCCUCCGCGACGUCUUCGGGCGCCUGCCGAGCUACCAGGACCUCCUCCGCUGCGCAGCCACGUGCAAGCGAUGGCGCCGCCUCGUCACCGACCCGGCCUUCCUCCGACGCAUCGGCCUCUGGCCGCAGACGGCGCGCCACCCAUCCAUCCUCGCCGGGGUCUUCUACCAGAACGCGUGCCCCGCCGGUAAGCCCCGCCCGAAACACGGACACCCUCCGGAAUUCUUGAACCUUCAGCUUGGCGGAGCACAUAGUGAUACUACCUUCAACUCGUUCGUCCAUGGUGCGCAUCUCACCUUUGCCUCGCUGGUCGACAACGACGAUGGUCUCUUCGACUUGGCGAGGCCACUCGCAUCGCGCCGUGGUCUUCUUCUCGUGAGCAUCCUGCUGCCUACCAUGUUCCACGACAUGCGCGGUACAGGCGCCCGUGAUAAGAUCCAGCUGGCGGUAUGCCGUCCUGUGGUCGACAAGCAGCGCAGUCUUCUUCCAUUGCUUUCCUUCGACCUAACUGGAUCUUUGGACUGGCACCUCACCGGCUGCGCACUCCUUACCGACGAGGACCGUGGUGUCAUUGAUUCUUUGGAUCAACCACGACAACGGUCGUGGUUUCAAGUGCUCUUGACCUACACCGGCGACAAUGGGAUCAUAUAUGUCUACAUGUACUCCUCUGCCACGGAUACUUGGAGCACGCCCACCAAGUUUUGCCAGGCUUCACAACUCAUCAGGUGUGGACCAUUCGCCGGCGUUGUCACCCAUAACACCGUGCACUGGUUGUACAAGGACAGGACUAGUUUCUACACGCUCAAUGUAAACGCUAUCACCACGGAUGUCUCUCUGACCAAGAUCCUGAUCCACGUCGAAGCUUGUCGACAGUGGGGGCGGGUGUUGUUUCCGUGUGUCUCCGGGGAAGGAAAGCUUUCGUUCGUGAGUAUGCGGAACCAUGGCAUAUUAGUGCUCUGGACCAAGCAAGAACAAGAUGACGGCGGCUAUGGCCGUGAGGCUAGCUCGGGAGGGUGGUUGGGCUCCGACCUGAUAAAUCUAGGAAGCAAGGACGAAAUAAACAAUGUCUUCUACGCAGAGAGGAGAGGUGCCAUGCUCAUCGAGCGGUGUGGUGGUUCCUUUUUCACCAUUGAUCUCAAGAGCAAGGAGAAGGCGUCCAUUGAUAUCAAGGGCGAGGAAAUGGAGCCUCACAAGGGAUAUUGCAGGUUUCCAAUGUAUGAUUGUAGUAGUACUUGGUGUAACGGAGUCUAUGGUAGAAGACGGUUCGAUUUCAUCACACCAGUAUUGUACGAGAUGGAUUGGGUGUUUGACCGUGGCAUGCUCUCCACCUCUGAUCAGAGGCAAGAUGAAGACGGUUUAAGUCAAUAA